AUGGAAGACAUGCUUAGAGCAUCUGUGAUAGAUUUUGAAAGUGCAUGGGAUACUCACCUUCUUCUGGUUGAGUUCUCAUACAAUAAUAGCUAUCACACAAGAAUUAUAGUAGCACCGUUUAAAGCACUAUACGGUCAAAAAUGUCGAUCCCCUAUUUGUUGGUUAGAAGUUGGCGAUACCCAAAUGUCUACAAAUUUAGUAGGGAAUACCCUAAGAACAGGCCCAGAGAUUAUCCAUGAGACGACUGAAAAGAUAAUGCAAAUACGAGAGCGCAUGAAGGCAAUAUGUGACCCUCAGAAGAGCUAUGCUGAUGUAAGGCGUAAACCCCUAGAGUUCCAAGUUAGAGAUAGGGUGAUGCUCAAAGUAUCUUGGUGGAAAGGAGUUAUUAGGUAUGAAAAGAGGGGAAAAUUGAAUAUGAGGUACAUAGCACCAUUCGAAAUCCUUUCCAUGAUAGGUCCAAUUGCCUAUCAACAUAUGUUACUCCAAGAUCUUAAUAACAUGCAUGACAACUUCCAUGUUUCUACUCUUAAAAAGUGCCUUGUGGACGAUACGGUUCUCAUUCCACUUGAUAAAAUUCAGAUUAACCCUGAACUGAACUUCAUCUAA